AUGCCUUCCUCUAUGCUAAGGCUGGUUACCCGCGCAUGGCCGUCUGCCCUCCUCUGGAUACAUCCCACGAAAGUGCCACCAGAGAUAGGCAAGAGACGACUUGAGGAGUUUCUUGCGUGGGUGGCAAUGCUACAAAUCAACGAAAAGAGACAGAGAGAUCGACUUUCUCUUUACGCAUUUGGCGUUAUCACUGAUAAUCUACACGUCAGUGCGUCAGACGCUCAUCCGCAUGUCACCAUCGCCGCUGCCACCGAAGAAAUGAGAGCUCAAGGAAAGCACAUCGUAAUACACAGCAGAACAGAUACAAAGGAUCAUGAUAUUGCCAAAUUCGCAGGCGCAAAGGAGUACCCAAACAAUAUCAAAGAUACCCCGGCGGAAAUUAGGCAAUCGUAUCUCGCUCCCUUCCACGUCCACAACGUUCUUCAGGCUGACACAACCGGGGCUUGGCCUGUAGCUUACUUUCGGGACUCUGCCGACAACGCCGAUAAAUGGUUUUUUCUAAACAACAGCAAUCAAAUUUCUUACAUUCCCCAAUUCUUCAGCUUCAGUAGUGGGGGUUCAGAGUACCUGGCAUUUUUCAACGCGAAGCUACAACGGUUCUGCAGGGCUGUCUUCUUUGACCAGCAGCGGCCAGGAGCUUCCUUCCCAGCCCCCGAAUCUACCAACCUUGCGCCACUGGGCGGCGUGCCAGAAGAAAUUCAGCUUCAUAUCAAAUGGGGGCGUGAUAUGAAAAACCUGAUCAGAUUCACAUCUGCUGAUGGCAAAAAACGCCGGUCCUCAUGGAGAGAUUGGCGGUUGGUUGGUUGA